UUUAAAAUAAAAUUUUACGAAAAAAAUGGGUUUUCGAUUGCUAGUUUUAGGUUUUUUCUUAUUAACAGUUUCGUUAAAUGUAUGUACAUGUGCGUCGUCGACAAUAAUUUCAGCAGAUACUAACGAUACAUUGAUAUUCGCAAGUGUGAUCUAUCGCCAUGGUGAUCGGAACAUUAAUCGAAUGUAUCCAAACGAUCCGUACAAAGACGAAAUACACUGGCCUGAUGGUGGGAUUGGACAAUUGACAAAAGAAGGAAAGAGGCAACAAUAUCGGCUUGGGCAGUAUUUUCGAUAUAAAUACGGGAAACUACUUGGCGAUAAGUACUCAGCAAACAAAGUAUACAUUCAAUCGACUGAUACCGACCGAACAAUCAUGUCCGCUUUAGCAAACUUGGCUGCGGUCUUUCCACCCACCGCAGAGGAAGUAUGGAAUGAAGAUAUAAAAAAUUGGCAACCCAUCCCAGUUCAUACAGUACCCAAAAGUCUAGACAAUGUUUUAUCGGCUUCAAAAAACUGUCCGAAGUACAAAGUUGCAUAUGAGCAGUAUCUCAAAGAUUCACCGGAAGUGCAAAGAAUUGAGAGCGAAUACGCGGAUCUCUUCUCGCAUUGGACAGAAAUGUGCGGCGCAAAUAUCACAACAAUCACCGAUGUUUAUUGGUUGUAUAACACCCUUCAAAUCGAACAAGAUCACAACAAAACAUUGGCGCAUUGGGCGGAAGAAGCCAUCAAACCAAAUGGCACAAUGGAAUAUAUUGCGACAUUCGAUUUCAAAACAUACACGGACACACCAUUAUUGGCACGACUCAAAUCUGGUUUCUUACUCAACGAAAUUCUCGAACAUUUUGCACAAAAAAUGAACUCAACGCUACAGCCAAGCCGAAAUAUAUGGUUGUACUCCGCACACGACAUUACAAUUACAAAUAUGUUGAACAGUUUGUCAUUAUAUGAGUUGCACAUUCCACCGUAUGCGUCAAGUUUACACUUUGAAUUGUACAAAUCCAGCGACGAUGAACAUUACAUUCAGAUCUUUUAUCGCAAAUCGGACGAAGACGAGCUCUCGCCUAUGAAUAUACCCAAUUGUGGAGAAAAGUGCACAUUAGAUCGAUUCUAUGCAAUAUAUAACGAUAUCAUUCCAGGCGAUUUCGAUGUGGAAUGUAGCUUAUCUUAGUUAAAAGCCACGGAAACGUUACGAUUAAUCAAAUCUUAUCUCAACGUGUGACCAAACCGAUUAGUUUUAUCAUCCCAUAUGCAACGUUCGAUUUGGAUGGAUUAAAAGCUGUUAUGUAAACCAUACGUCAUCAUAAUCAAAUCUCAAGACACUUGUAAUCUUUUUCCUACGCAAUACAUUACCAUCAUAUAAAUGCGAAUAAAAAUAAAUCAAGUAGCC